CAUUUUGAAAUUUGUGGUAAUUCCGUCAAAUCAAUAGACCGUCAUUUGCGCAAAGCAGAAGCCCUCGCCGCACGGAACGAACCCCCAAGCACACUCUUUUGCACUAUCGGGAUCUCUUCCUCUUAUUCCUUUCCUAGAAACCCUAAUACCGAUUCCGAUGGAGCUACUCCGCUCCCACCUCUCCAGGGUCCGUAUCCCGGAGCCCACCAACCGCAUCUACAAGAAUGAAUGCUGCGUCUCCUUCGAUACUCCGGCUAGAGUUCAGAAGGAGGUCUCUACGUUGAUAUGAGUUCGUUUCUUGCAUUUGGGAAGGAGUACGUUGGCUGGAAUUACGAAAAGACAGGAAACCCAAUUUACCUUCACAUACAGCAGAGACCAAAGCCUGUGCCUGAGGACCGGCCUUUAAAGAAACCAACUCUGCUCGCAAUUGGUGUGGAGGGAGGAUUUGAUUAUCAGGAAAUUGAGUAUGAAGAAACUCACCACAUUGUAAUAUUGCCUGAAUAUGUAUCUCUACCAUUUCCUUCUGUUGAGUUGCCAGAAAAAAUUAGGCUAGCGGUCGAUGCAGUUUUGUUAGCUGACGGUGCUGAACGCAAAGAACAGUUAGCUGCUUGGACUGCAGAGAAGAAGAAAGCUAGUGCUUAUGCAUUAUCUCUGCAACAGAUUAAUAAUGGCAUUGUUGUGCCACCGUCUUGUUGGAAAUGUUGCAAAUGCAAUAAGACUGAUAAUCUGUGGCUGAACUUAACUGAUGGAAUGAUACUUUGUGGCCGGAGAAAUUGGGAUGGAAGUGGUGGCAAUAAUCAUGCUAUCGAACACUACAAGGAGACAAAUUAUCCUCUAGCUGUGAAACUUGGUACAAUAACUGCAGACUUAGAAAGUGCAGACGUUUACUCAUACCCUGAGGAUGAUACCGUCGAGGAUCCCCUAUUAGCUCAACAUUUGGCUUUUUUCGGUAUUGACUUCUCAUCAUUGCAAAAGACUGAGAUGACUACUGCUGAAAGGGAACUUGACCAAAACACCAAUUUUGACUGGAAUCGUAUCCAGGAAAGUGGGCAGGAAGUGGAGCUCUUAUUUGGACCAGGUUAUACUGGUCUUCUUAACCUUGGAAAUAGUUGCUAUAUGGCAUCAACAAUUCAAGUGGUGUUUACAACUCAUGCUUUCAUCUCUAGAUACUAUGAAAACCAAAGUCUGAAGAUGGCUUUUGCAAUGGCACCUUCUGAUCCAACAUUGGACUUGAAUAUGCAGCUGACUAAACUGGCACAUGGGUUGCUUUCUGGCAAAUAUUCCUUGCCAGUUCAACAGAAGCAAGAAGGUAUCCCUCCUCGCAUGUUUAAAACAGUUAUUGCUGCUAGUCAUCCUGAGUUUUCGAGUAUGAGGCAGCAGGAUGCACUUGAGUUUUUUCUGCAUUUGCUUGACCAAGUUGAACGGGCCAAUACUGAAAAACCUGCACUGGAUCCUUCGAAGAGUUUCAAGUUUGUGAUUGAAGAGAGACUUCAGUGCCCCUCUGGAAAAGUUGCUUAUAAUAAAAGAUCAGAUUAUAUUCUUUCUUUAAAUAUACCACUACAUGAGGCAACUAACAAAGAACAGCUUGAAGGCUUUAACAAGACCAAAGCAGAAAAGAAUGCAGAAGGGGCUGAUAUAACUAGUGGUGAAAUUGUACGACCAAGGGUCCCUUUGGAAUCGUGCCUAGCUAGUUUUUCAUCCACUGAGGAAAUUCAUGACUUUUACAGUUCAGCAUUAGAUGCUAAGACAACAGCAAACAAGACUGCUGGUUUGGCUACUUUUCCUGAUUAUCUGGUUUUGCACAUGAGGAAGUUUGUGAUGGAAGAAGGCUGGGUGCCAAAGAAACUAGAUGUUUAUAUUGAUGUACCUGAUGUAAUUGACAUCACACACAUGCGCAGCAAUGGUUUACAGCCAGGAGAAGAAUUACUGCCAGAAACAGGUGUCAUUGGGGAGGUUGAAGCUACCCAACUAGUUGCUAGUGAGGACAUUGUUUCCAAACUUGCGGCUAUGGGUUUCAAUUAUCUCCAUUGUCAAAAGGCUGCCCUAAACACUGCUAAUGUUGGAGUUGAGGAAGCAAUGACAUGGCUGCUAUCUCACAUGGAUGAUCCGGAUAUAGAUGAGCCUAUUUUGUAUAACUCUCAUGCUAUGGAAGUUCACUCUAUUGAUGAAACAAGUGUUGAAACUUUAAUUUCAUUUGGGUUCCACGAAGAGGUGGCUAGAAAAGCAUUAAAAGCAUCUGGAGGGGACAUAGAGAAAGCAACUGAUUGGAUUUUUAGCCACCCAGAGGUCUCUAGCUCAAAGGAUACAGAUGCAACCUCAAACGCUGUGGAGGCUGGUGAUCCUGGGGUAUCAGAUGGAAGUGGAAGAUACAAGCUCAUGGCAUUUAUUAGUCAUAUGGGGACUUCCACCCACUGUGGCCAUUAUGUGGCUCAUGUCUAUAAAGAUGGAAGAUGGAUAAUAUUCAAUGACAGUAAAGUUGGAGCAUCCGUGGAUCCACCUAAAGAAAUGGGGUACCUGUACUUCUACGAGAGAAUAACUGACUGAAAUUGACACAACUGGUUUGCGAUGUUAGAACUAAUAUUCCCAGCCAAUGCUAGGAUUCUUGUCAAGCAACUUUUCCCCAUGAUUACUUCGUUACAAUGGUGGCUUCCUGUUGCCGGGGCAUAUAAUUAAAGCUUCCAGUGCUCAUGAUUAAUGUUAACCUUUGAUGAUAGUAUCUGUUAUCUGAUUGUUCUUAAACUAUUUGACUUGAUUAUCCAACUUAUGCCCGUAAAUAUUUUGUUUUAUCUUUAAUCAUCAAAAGAAAUUGUUCACAUUUUAA